GUUGACGCAUGUGGAGGACGCGGAAGUCAAGCGCCUGGGUUUGUAACCGGUAGACAGUGCAUUACUCGUACUCUUGCGGGACCACGGGACGGAGUCAGACUGCAGCUGCCGUCAAAUAGGACAGUAGGAGGCCAUUUUGUGAGUUGGGAGCACCAGGUAGGAGGCCAUUUUGUGAGCUGGGAGCAUCAGGACGCACUCGCCUGCAGUGACCAAUCGACUGGUGUGAGCAGGACCAGCUGACCAAUCAACUGGUGUGAGCGGGACCAGCUGACCAUGAGCGGCAGUUACAGUGUGGCCCUGGGGGGUCCCGGGCCGUGGGGCUUCAGACUGCAGGGGGGGAAGGAUUUCAACAUGCCCCUCACCAUCUCCAGGUUGACGGAUGGGGGGAAGGCAGCGAGGGCGCACAUCGCCGUCGGAGACGUGGUCCUGUCGAUCGACGGCAUCCCGACCAGCGGAAUGAACCACCUGGAGGCCCAAAACAAGAUCAAGGCCUGCAGCGGCAAUCUGAACCUCUCGCUCCGGAAAGCUUCUAGUGUUCCCAAACCUGCAAGUGCACCCAAGGAUGCACCCCCGGAGGUUCAUAAACCCGUCGCCAUGACCCCCCUCGCCCCCGCCCCCACCACGGGUCCCAGCUCCACCUACAACAAGACGGCCCGGCCGUUUGGGGGGGGGGGCACCUGCUCCGUCUCUGCGCCCAAAAUGGCCGCCAUCCCCUCUGCAUCCUCUGCUUUCACCCCCGCGAGCUCCGCCCACUCACCUGGCCCCGCCCCCGCACAGGUCCCGCCCCCUUUCACCCGCUCACAGGCCCCUCCCACCUCCUCAGCCAAUCACAGCUCGGGACGUUCCCCCUUCCCCCCCACCUCCUCCUCCUCCUCCUCCUCCUCCUCCUCCUCCAGAGUGACAGGGCCCCCCGCGGCUCCUGUCCAAUCCCAGCCCGCCGUCUAUAACUCCCCCAUCCACCUUUACUCCGGCCAGAAAGCAGGCGAGGUCAUGGGGCAGAGGCGGGGCCUGCAGGAGGGCCUCGGCCAAUCAGAGCAACACAAUGGGUCGCCACGGAAACCCGCUGUUGCCUCGGAGUCGGAGUUCUCCUCCCCCUCCCUCUCCCCGGGCGACGCCAGCCGCCGGCGGCUGGUGGAGGACACGGAGGACUGGCACCCGCGCUCCGGCUCCACCCAGUCUCGCUCCUUCCGCAUCCUGGCCCAGAUCACCGGCACCGAGCAACAGGAUGACCAGCAGGGGGAGGAAGUGAAGAAUGAGGCGGAGGUGCAGCCCGGUGCUCACGGCUCGUCUCCAGUGAAGACCAUGACCAAAGCGCCACCUGCUGGUCGAUCCCGGAAUGGCAACGCCGCCGGCCCCGCCCAGGGCAAGCCGGCCUCCUGGAGGCCCGGCCAAUCAGCAGGCUCUGGGCCCCCCCCGGCCGCCCCCUCCUCCAGCCGGGGCAGCAGCGGCGCCCCCUCUGGCCGCCCCGGGCCACCGCAGCCCGCGGGGGGGCAGGACACGCUGGUGCAGAGGGCAGAGUACAUGCCUGCAGGAACACGCACGCCCCUGUGUGGCCACUGCAACCAGCUCAUCAGGGGCCCGUUCCUGGUGGCCAUGGGGAAGUCGUGGCACCCUGAGGAGUUCACGUGUGCGCACUGCGGUGCCUCCCUGGCGGAGUGCGGCUUCACGCAGGAGGGCGGGGCCGUGCACUGUGAGCGCUGCUACGAGGAGCUCUUCGCCCCGGAGUGCGCCCGCUGCCACGGGAAGGUCCUGGGGGAAGUGAUUAACGCCCUGAAGCAGACCUGGCAUGUGGACUGCUUCCUCUGCACGUCCUGCAAGCAGCCAAUCCGGGACAGGACCUUUCACCUGGAGGAGGGGCAGCCCUACUGCGAGAGAGAUUAUAAUAGCCUCUUCUCCACCAACUGCCACGGCUGUGACUUCCCCAUCGAGCCGGGAGACCAGUUCCUAGAGGCGCUGGGGUGGAGCUGGCACGACACCUGCUUCGUGUGCGCGGUUUGCAGCACUGAUCUGCGAGGCCAGGGUUUCUACUCCAAAAAGGAAAAGCCACUGUGCAAGAAACACGCCCAUACUGUCAACAUCUGACCAAUCAGAGAGAGGAACACGGCCGUACUGUCAUCAUCUGACCAAUCAGAGAGAGGAAUACGGCCAUACUCUCAACAUCUGUCCAAUCAGAUUGAUAAAAAUAUGGCCACAGUUUCAGCGUUCAGAAAGAGAAACAUGCCCUCAUCUGACCAACCAAAGAAAGAGAAGAUGUCGUCUUUAAAUCCUCCAGAGUUUAUUUUGCUACGCAUGUGUAUGUACACUGUGCGGUUAUGGGUAUGGUGUUUAGCUUAAUCUUUUUUGCUGUUUGACACUGUUUUUUCACUGCUGUGGUUGUUUCAGUGAGGGUACAGGGUGGUUUCAUCCUGGUUGGCUUGCGUUCUGCAGACGAUUGCUUUUGUUUGGAUACCUUGUGAAAACUCCCGCCUGCUUUUCAUAUAUACCGUUUGUGUAAAUGCGUUUAUGCACCAGAGUGUGUAAUGUAGGCAUAUGUGCGUGCUGAUUUUAUAGGAACCACAUCUCCCUGAGGUGCAGAGAGUUUUAUAAACACUCCUGUUGAUCGUG